AUUAUGCGGAGUUUGAUGAUUGGUGUUGCAAGCCUGAUGUUUGGGCUUCUUGCUCUCGCAUCAGAUAUCCCUGAGCUCCCCUCACGGGAUGCAUUUUAUACGCCCAAAGCCCACAACUGGACUGGAGAGAAAGCUGGAACAGUUCUGGAUUCACGCACUGUGACUGUCGAGCUGCCUAUUCUACCGGGUGGAAACAUUGAAUUCGAGGCCUUUCAGCUGCUCUAUGUCACCCAGGACUUUGAUGGAAACAAGGCCACAUCCGUCACCACAAUCAUUGUCCCGCAAGGCGCCAACACCAGCCGGAUCCUUUCCUACCAGAUUGCCUAUGAUUCGCCCGACAUCAACUGCUCUCCGUCCUACGGGCUGCAGAAAGGCGCCAACAGAGCUGCGGUGGCGUGGACUCUCAAUCAGAUGAUAUUUGUCGCUGAGGCUGCCGCCGAUGCCGGAUCUCCGGUUCUGAAUAUCCCCGACUACGAAGGAUCAAACGCUGCGUUUACCGUGGGCCCCCAGAGCGCCUAUCAGACCCUGGACUCCAUCCGCGCUGCGACAAAAUCUGGGCAUAUCACGAACAUCCCCGAAGACGCGGAGGCUAUCCUCUUUGGCUACUCCGGUGGUGGGUACGCGUCGGAAUGGGCCGCUGAGUUUCACCAUGCAUAUGCAUCGGACGUCAAGAUAAUUGGAGCGGCGAUCGGGGGACCUCCGCCGAAUAUCACGCAGACGUACAAAAACGUCAACAAAGCCAUUUCGUCGUUGAAUGUCUGGGCCAUGCUGGGCGUGAUGAAUGCAAUCCCAAAGAUCAAUGAGUACAUGCAUUCGGACCUCAAGGAUGACCACCGAGAACAAUUCCUCGGGGCCCUUCAGCGCUGCAGUGAGCCCGAGGUCUCGCCACCGAAGAUCCCUAACUGGGCCGAUGUCAACAAGUGGUUCCAUAAUGGGGACGAAUUCUUGACCGAAUUCGAGCCGGAACUGCGGGAGAUUGGUGUCAUGGGAAACCAUAUCGAGAAGGGCAAAUCACCGAGCUUCCCCGUCUACAUCUACCAGGGAUCUGCAGACCUCAUCACGGCUCCAUAUAGCAACACCGAAGCUCUCAAGAAAGCACUUUGUGAUGCAGGAACGGAUGUAUUUCUGGUCAAAUGGAAGGGGCUGGGUCAUGGGAAUACUCUUUUCCUUGGCACCCCUUGGGCGAUGAAGUGGAUCAAAAAAGUUUUCAAUCGUGAGCCAAUCCAGAAUGGCUGCGGUGAUGACCAUGAAGUCGAUCCCGGGGUCGGAGAUCUGGCUGGAAUCUUUGGAGGUUAUUAUGUCGACGGUGACAGUUCCCCUGGCAGACGCCUUGUUUGGGGAGAUGUUGAAGAACCGCUCUUCAUUCAGGGCGGAGCACACCCCGCGGAUGUACUUGGAAGGAUGGAACUAUGA